GAGGACAAGAAAAGACGUCUGAUUGGUGAUACUCAUUCGUCUCAUUACGUGGGCCAUUAUAUAGGUCAUGCAGUCACUCAGUACUACUGGUCUUCAGAGGUCUUUGUCUUAGAAUACCACAUCUUUAAUUCUGCAGUGGAACCGCCAUUAAAUUAUCACUAUAACAUUAAGAGAUUUUUCCAAUUUAUUGCCAGUGAAAGAUGGACUGAAGUUGUAGAAUGGCUGCUGAUGAUCAGGCCGUACUAGAGAAUGGAGGAGGACAUAGCUAUAAUAGGACACAAUGAGGAGGAAUCUACUACAGAGAGUACGACAACAGGGACGGGGAGCCACUUUAACAAUCUUCAGUUGAGUUUUACCAGUCACGAAAAAGAUGGGUCCCUCCACGCAUUACAGACAGCGUAUAGUGAAGUGAAGAAACGCCUGCAGGAACAGGUAAACAAAAAUGCCAUACUACAGACCUCAAUCCGUGAAAUGGAGAUGCAGCGCAUUUCUAGCGGACGUCCAAACUCGGGAGUAUUUGGUGCGGCAGGCCCGCCGUGUGAACCAGAGCAGGACCUUCAGGCACAGUAUCGAGCUGAAUUUGGAUUCGCACAAAGUUUAGAACGACAGGUUAUUCGGGCCAAAAGUACUUUAUCAAAACUUGAAAGUGAAAAUAAACAUCUGAAUAAGAAAUUGACUCAGAUUGAAGAGGAAUUAAAACAAUUUAGAGCUAGAGAAAUUGAAAAAACAAAAGAAAUUGAGAGACUAAGAGAAGAAUUGCACAGUCAAUCAUCAGAAAACUUAGCAUUAAAACAAGAGGUGGAAAGAUUACAAUCACUGUUACAAAAGCGUAGUGAUGAUGUUUUACGUCUUCAGAAUUUAGUACAGAAUCCUGAUCGCAGUAUGUUACAAACUCAGUUACAGACUCAAUUACAGCAGAGAGAUGAGGAGAUACAGAGCCUGACCCAGAGGCUUAAGGGACUGGAAUCAGGGUUACCCUCCCUAAAUUCCAUCUCAUUCGAGGAGGAAAAGAGGAUUCUGGAUCAAGUGGAGCGAUACAGUAAAACUAUCAAAACUCUGAAGGCUCAAGUCCAGGAUCAGGGCAAAAUGCUGGUCCGACAGCAGGAGGCCAUCAGGAAACUUAUAGACAAUUCUAGAUGCUCCAGCCUUGGAUCCACCACUUCCCGUUAUGCAGCAGAGGGUUCCUCUUUUGUGUCCUCACAAUCUGAGACACAGGUGCCCCCCAAAACCACAGACUUCACAAGUCACACGGUGGACGCCCAGAGAAAACAACAGCCCCUCAUCUCCACCUUCCCCACCCUACAGACUUUGCCCAUGGAUGAGAACACACACAAUCUGGAUGAGCAGUUUCAACAGUUGAAUUUUGGAAAACCUGCAGUUGAGAAUAAGUCCACAAGGGGACCAAAAGAAAGUGAAAAUUUGAAUGCAGAGAGUGGAUUUUAUAAGUACCCCUCACCAUUAGGAGCAUUGAACAAAGAGAGCAAAAGCCCCCGACAUGUAUCAACUGUUAGUCCACCUCAAAAACAAGCUCUAGAGGCUACAUAUCCCACUGGUACUAAAACUUCCAAUACUGCCAGGAAAAAAUCAGUUCCCACCCAGGAUAUCAGUCUGUAUGAAAACCUGGACAUUCUGACUGAAGUGGGAAAUUCAGAGAGGGGCAGGUUUAUUGGGGACAGGAAAUCUUACAAUAUUCCUGGAUCUUCCAGUCACCACUAUUCCCCUGAAGGUAGUGAUUACGUGAAAUUAAAAGACAUACCAGGUCAUCCUGCAGGGAACAUUCCUAUAAUAUCACCUCGUGUGAAGGUUCUGCCACCAGAUGAACAAAUCAGUAAAACUCCAUAUCGAAUGCCCCAGGAACACAAUAGUGGGGGAAUAUCUCCCCCUAAUUCUGCAGUUAGAUCCCCUUCCUCACAAACAAGGGGUGAAGAGACAGAGAUUAAAAAUAAACCCUUCCUCCAGCCUUCUGUUGGGCGAGUCCCACAAGAAAAUGCUAUGAAGCCAGAAAUACGCACAGUGCCAAGUAACGUGGCACCAUCAAGUACUGGAACUAGGCCAAAACAGGUUGUUCAGAAAAGUUCUUUAGGAAAUUCACAGAUAUGUCCAGUCUGUGGACAAAAUUUUGUCAAUAUUAGUAUGGAAAAUUUCCAAAUGCAUGUGUUUCAUUGUAUGGAUAAUGACUCAGAAGAGUGCAUGACUUUACGAAAUGUAACCCCACCCCUCAGAAAUGUGUCCCCACCCCUAAGAAAUGUGUCCCCACAGCAGACAUCUGAGAAAGAUGUCAGGAUUUGUCCUAUGUGUGAUGCUAGCUAUCCUGCUGAAUUGCAAUCAGAGUUUGAACGACACGUACAAGAACAUUUUGGGGAAGAACCAAUUGCAGAUAGAUUUGAAGUUUUACGUCCUUAAUUUUUUGUUUUAAUUCAGUGAUUUGUUUUUCAUUAGUUAAACUUUAUAGAUAACAAAUUGUAAUGUUUAAAUAAUUUUCAAGUCAGGUUAGUGCAAAUGUAACAUUUUCUCCUUUAUUUAAUAUGAGAACAGACUUCUAAUCAAGUUAAAUCCAUUACAUGUGUAUUUAAAGCCAUCUUUAACUCCAAAUAUACAUUAUAGAAGAAAUGUUAAAAGUUAACUGUUUCACUUACAUAAUGAACAGAUUGAGAAUCCUUAUUUUUAUUAUUUUACAUACUUUCACCCAUUUUCUAUCAUUAUUUAAAAAGAUUUAGAGAUAAAUAAUAAAAUGCCUUUCUUUGUUAUGCUAUAUGGGGAAUAACAGUUGCAAUCAUUGUAGAAUUGUUUUAUAAAAAUAACUUGUUAAUGAGGGUUAUGUAUUUAUUCUGCCAUGUUACAAGCAUAUCAAACACAAGGACAGCACUUUAUUGUGUAAAUAUAUUGAAAUGUAAACAUCCUCUAGUCGGGCAACUAGUCUGAGCAGUUCAGUUAAAUAAAAUCAGAUUAAGACCUUCAAAUUCAUUCUCACAGAAUUUAAGAAAUUUACCCAAGUUUUUAAUCUGUGCAUUUAUGAGGAAGAGCAUAUGUUUGGUUUUUUUUUAAUGGAAGUUACAAUUCACCAUAAUAAGCCAGAAUUACACUGUAUGUAAUUUCCCCCGGUUCAUGUUUUCUGACCUGAAUCUUAAUUUAGCAUAAUUUUACAAUUACAUGGAAAUACUGCCAUUAUGGUGGUAUUUAUGUUUGAGCCAGCCUUAUUAGAUUGGAUACAUGUAGAUUAGUUUUUGUGAACAAGAUUUCAGCUUACUGUGUUAUUUAUGUGUAUAUGAUUGGAUGUGUCUCUCCGUUUUAGGCUAUAUAUUGGUGAGAAAAUUUUAAUGUAUCUGGUUAUUUCACAAAAAUUUAAAGUUUGAGAAUUAUGUUUCAAAAGUUUCCAGUGUUUUUUUUCUGUAGAAGAAAUUAAUUUAUGUAAUGAAUUUUUAAGAAGUUCAAAUAUUCAACAAGACAAAUCCUUCAGUUAGCUGAGCUAAAAAUUGUUAAUAUUAAAAUGAAUG